GCUCCCUUUGUGCCAUGUCUCUGUGUGUGUGUGUGUGCUGGCUGUGUGGCAUGGGUGGGUGGAUGGAUCGCGUGUGUGCUAGUGGUGUCGGUUUGUGUGCUAAUGUGUCGCCUUUGUGCUGUGUUUGCUAAAGCGAUGGAUCCGCCCUUUGCGUGGCCCCUUGAUUUGUCGGAUGGCCGGUUUGCCAAGAGAUAGGAAGAGGCCGUCUGUGGACUGUGUGCUGCUUUGGCUGCUUGCUUUACACACUGUGCUCUCAGGCACACUGACACAGACACGUGUGUGUGUGUGCGUGUGUGUGUGUCUGUCUGAGACGGUCUGAUGUGUCUGUGUGGUCGCACAUUUGGCGUGCGUGAGCAUUUGUCUGGCUGCCGUGAUUUGUCAUGGCGUGUUGUGAGUGCACUGGGAGAGACGGAGGGAGGGAGGGAGGGCAGGAGAGACCCACACCGCACACACAUUGCGUGUACCAUAUCAUCACACGGGCGAUCGUACCGCACCGCAGCUAGUCACUUAGUCGCACUCAAUGAUGCCGUCACGGUGCCUGGUGCGAUGCAGCGGACGGAUGGCUGGCUGCCCGUCUGUGUGGAUGGCUGUGUGUCUGCCACCGGAAUGAAUUGCCUCCCCCUUUUUCUCGGCUUCUUCUACUUAAUAAUUACAUCGUCGUUUUACGUCUGUUUGCUGUUAUGGGGUGCCCGCCAUGGGUUCUUGGGUGAUGGACAGACAGUGCAGAGGAAGGAACGACACAGAGAGACAAAGAAAGGCCCAUAAGAAGGCCACACUUACAGCUCGAGAUGGGGCACGACUAACUGCGGAAACUUCCCAACAGACAGGUCAGCAUGACACAGCACUCCUUCGUUUCGUCCACACCAGAACCACCCUCCCUCCCUCUCUGUGUUUGUGUUGUGUGUGUUGUGCUGCAGGUCGGUGGAUUACCCGGCCUAUCGGCAUCGCCGAUCUGUGUGUGGUCGCUCUCGUGUGCUCUGACUUCCCACCUGACGUCCAUACCAGCGGUGAGUGAUCGGGUAGGCCGUCCGGAGAGGGGGCGACCUGAUCCAUGGCAGCCACAUCAGCCAUGGUUCCGUGUGUGUGUGUGUCUUGUGUGUUCAGCCAGGUGUGUGCCAUCGAUGCUGCUGCCAAGGAAGCGACACCAACGAAAUGCUUUCCUUGACCCCCACCGCACCCAGCCACCUCCAAGCCAACCGGUGAGUGAGCGGAGAUCAGAUGCACUGGUGGUGGACGGGAUGGAUGGAUGGAUGGAUCAUCUCCUGCUGGCUGCAUGUGUGUGGGUCGAUCAGGUGUGGCAGCGUCAUCUGUCUCCAGCGGAUCGUCAUUCUCAACUCGGGGCGGCAUGUCUGGCGGUGCGACCUUCGGGCAGCAACGACCCGGCAGCGCCGCACAGAGCAGCCCCUCCCCCAUCCACACGGCAGCCCUUCACCAGCAGACACACAUCGCCAUCGACUGCAGCACCCAUGCCGACCGUCACUUCUGGAAGAGCCUGACGCCUGAGGAGGCCUUCCAUCUCGGCAGGCGACUCAUUAACCUCACGGCCCUCACCCUCGUGCAGCCACACAGCGACCGGUUGUGGUGUCUGAACACCAUGAUAUACGUCGUGGAGGGCCAUGCAGCCGGGCGGCCGGGCGGCGGGAGGCGUGUGAGAAGGAGGGGCAGCAACACACGGCUGAGGGCCGGGUAUGUUUACCAACAAGGUUCUUAUCGAGAUGGGCGUCCGGGAUGAGACAGAAUGUGAGGGGGAUGCAUGCAGAGGGCCGGCAGGAUGAAGUGGCCCACAACGCGUAUGUGUGUGUGUGUUUUAACGCUCCUCCGAGGAGCUCCACAACUCCGUCUGUCUGCCUUUGCUUGUCGGUCGGUGUCAGACGGCUCAGUCGUGCACUCACUGUGUUUGUGUGGACGGACGGACUGCUGGUUCACUCAUGACUGACACCUUCAUGUGAUGCGAGCGGACCAAGUGAAGGUGUCAUGCACAUGUUCAUGUGAUUGCGGUGAAGAGUAGGUGGAUCCGCACUCUUAGAGGCGACCGACAUGGACUGACUUGUUUGUGCAGAAUCGGUGAGUGCCAAACGGAUCCAUCCGCCCACACACACAAGCCGAACAGCGAGACGGUCGUGGACUUCCUGUGUGUGCGCCUCUCUGUUGCCUUCUCCUUUUGGGUGCG